GUUCAGCCAAUUCAGGUCGACACUAUAACCAUCUUUUUCUGGAAUUCUCCCGAUCGGCCGAUCUCCGAUUCUCCGCUGGAUUGUAAUUAAGGGAUUGGCGAUUUAGGUUUCCGGCAAGAGGCAAGAAAUAAAGUGCUCGCUCUCCGACGAUGGUUUGCGGCAAGUGCGAGAAGAAGCUGACGAAGGUGAUAGUUCCGGAUAAAUGGAAGGAAGGAGCUUCCAACACCUACGAAAGCGGCGGCCGGAAGGUCAACGAGAACAAGCUCCUCUCGAAGAAGAACCGGUAUGCUUUUCUUCUAUGCACCUGCGCAAUUUCAUCUGAACUAUGGACGCCGUAUGGAAACACCAAGUGCACGAUCUGCAAGCAACAAACACAUCAAGAGGCCAAGUACUGCCACACCUGUGCCUAUACCAAAGGAGUCUGUGCAAUGUGCGGUAAACAAGUCUUGGACACGAAGGCUUACAAACAGAGCAAUGUGUGAGUAGAUGAUCCAUACCUGGCAGACCGAGUUCUACAAGCUGAAGCGAUGUAUUAGUCGAAGACCAAAUCAUACAACCUUGGUUCUUUAUUCGCAUUUACUGCGUUGGAUAACUCAUGAGACAUUGAUGAUUUGUGACCAUCUCUUAACUAGUGUACUUUACAUGAUACCAAACUGGGGCUGUAAUGAAGAUCUUUUUAUUCUGUUUUGCUGAGACUUGUA